AUGACUACGUUUGCCGCAGGCUGGAUCCCCCUGCGAGGCCGUGUGUGUCCACACGCGUAUAGCAGCGCACAGUCUUUUGGGCUGCAAGUUGCCUCCUCCUUCCUCUCCGCCGCGUUCGUCGUCGCGGUCGUCCUCGCCUCCCCCUGCUCUUUCCCUCCCUCCUUGAAUGGUCGGCGGGGAUUUUUGUUGGCCGAGCAGCGAGCAGGCGUCUGCCCACCUAGCUGCGGCCGAAUUUCGGCCACAUUCACAGGACAGCCUCGCAGUGGUGUUCCGCAUCGCUUUUCUUUGCCGUUCCUCUUCUCUAUCUCCUCCCACUUCCGCAAGUGGCUUUAUAUGAUUCCGUCGAUGUUUUGCUUAUUUCCCGCAUCGCCGCGGAGGCUGUAA